CCCAGGUGUCCUGCCGAAAUACUGCCUGGUCAUCCUGAUCGUUGGCGCCACAAUCGCCAUGUUCCUGGCCUGCAUCCCCUACGACUUCUACAGGUUCCGGAAGAGGAAGAAAAAAGUUCGAGAUCAUCAGGAGAGGCUCUCGUUAGUCACUCGAAUAGCACCGGGGCACGCUAAGAUCAUUGUAGAAACGAUUCCAUCAAAGAGCACCACACCUCCACCCCAGCCCAGGCGGUUCGGGCUCAAAUCUUUGUUCAGCGUUUUCCGAUUCGUCGGCGGCAAGACUCGGACACCACCCGGUAACCCAGAGGCGGGUGCCGAAUCGGAUCGCGAGAAUCCGGAUACAUCACCCGGAUAUCCUGCAUCGCCAAACGAAUACCCGUCCCCGAACCCGCCCGACUCUGAUGUCCAGGACGAUUCCGCUCCACCGGUAUCAAGCGGUUGUUCCUCUCACUACAACGACUGUCUCUGUCCCUCGUCCACGUCUCGUGAUCUUGCCAAUUUUUGGCCACGUCGAGGUCACGUCAGGCUGACGUCAUCGUCCCACGACGGAUCAGGUGAUGACGCAGGAGCGUCCAUCGACUCGGACAGCGUGACGGGGGAGAAGUCGAUGACCCCACUGCUGGGACCUGGUUGUAGAGAUGACGACCAUCCAUCAACUGAACAUUCGAUCCGCGCUCUACCCGGAUUGGGUAAACCGAAAGGUCAAUUCAGAAGAUUUAACGAUUUGUGUCAAGUUCUACGGGAGCAUAACAAGUCGGCAGGUAUAGGAGGAGGUGGAGGAGGGGGAGGAGGAGGAGGAAGAGGAGGAUCAGGAGGAUCAGGAGGAGGGGACGGAGAAAGAGAAGAGGAGAGCUUCGGUCUUAUAGCUGGAGAUUCACAAGAUGGUAACACUUUCGCUUCGGGACGCAAGCGCCAAGGUAUGGCUGCACCAAACAUGAGGAGUUUAUCAGAUUGUGGACGUCAGGAUUCUGGAGACGGUUCCUCCCCCUCCUCCCCUCUCGUCCAUACCUCAAUUGACGACACAGGAUUGACCCACUUACGUGACGGCGUUAACGUGAACACACACCACGUCAAUCUCUCUCACGUGGCGAGGGAUCCAGACAGCACGGGGGCGACGACACACUCAACUCUAUCCGGAAGACCCUUUCCGAACUCAACAUCACUCGCCGGAAGAACAAAUCUCCAACCAUCUGCGCUCACAAGCGCUCUCACCUCCCAACCAGCCACUGUGCCGGUGACCGCCAUAGAGCAAAACUCUUACGUCCAGCCGGCAACCACCGCCUCCUGGCGCGAAGACGGGACGACACCCGGUGCGCAAACAGAAACUGUCCAAUCACAGAACGACACGUCAUGGCUAGAGGAUGCAGUUGCCGCCCCCCUUGCCCCCUCCCAGUGUCCGCCAAAACCCUUCACGUCUGCCCCAGACAUCUCCAACUUAGUCAAGACAGGUGAAAGCAAACGACGGAUGAUGAGUCGGGGCCGAAGUAGCACAACCGCCAGCGCGUUUAUGUCUAGACUUUUCUAAAUCAUUGGAGGAUCGGUUCACUUCGGUUCGGUUUCUGGCUACCUAUUCAGUGACCACCAUAAAAAGACCUCUGCCUCACACCGAUCGCCCAUAAGAGGCUAAAACAGCACCUGGACAUGGAUGGCUGGUGCCUCUAUAAAUAAAUCAUUGAUGGUCAAGACCGAUCGCCCGA